AUGGCCUUUACACCGCCGUUCCCACCACAAGAAGGUCUCGUGGAUAGCCCUUCGCCCACCCCAAAACAGAACAAUGACAAUCAUUAUCUUGAUCAACCCAGGGGCGAUACGAACAGGAAGGAACUCAAUAUCAUCAGCAGUGACGGCACCAAGACUGCCUUGAACCAAUCGAGGCCGCCUCCAACACAUGCGGCAAGACACAGCAAGGCCCAACAACCAGGCAAUGUUGAGCACUUUUCUCUUCUCUCAUGGGUCCGCAAUGCACCCUGGAGCAAGUACUUCAAAGACGGAUGCCGGCUGAUUGUCAGGUCGCCUUUCAACUUUUUCAUAUUUUUCUGCUGCCUAUCGGUGGUGGUAUGGGGAGCCUUUCUGGUGCUUCUCAUGGGGAACAUGGUCAAGCUGAGGGACGACGCUACACAGAAGCUGUGGAUUGAAAUUGCUUCUCAAGUCCUGAACGGGUUCUUCACGUUGGCCAACGUACCUGUUCACCCCAAACGACUGAUUGGUUUCAUUCGAGGGAUUCGUAUCUGGCGAGAAGACAGAGCCAUUCGACAAGAGUUUGUUGGUCGGUUUCUCAAGGAGCAUCUGGAGGAACAGGAUGUGUUAAACGGUGUCUCGGAACAGGAUCGAAGAGAAGGGUUACUCAGAAGGCUGGAUUUUUAUCGAUGCUUCCCAGACUAUGGCCGAGAUCGUGUGGGAAACGAGCUGGCUACGGAUACAGACCGGCAAGAGGCGUUCAUACCAAACGAUACUACUUCUCGGGGAUCAGAUGCAUUGAUCCCAACUGUGACCCAUGUAGCGGUCCCUGAUUCUCCUUCUCCUUCUCCUUCUCCUUCUCAAUCUCGGUCAAAAUCAACUAUAUUCGGCUCCCAGGAUGCGGCUGAGGAUCUAAGUGGGCAUGAUAAUGAGUCGGGAUUCGGCACUCCCUUGCGCGCUAGCAUUAUCAUCGACAAGGAACCGCCCCCUAGUUUGGACGGAGCCCCAGCGACAGGAGACAAGAUCAGUGUUGGUAUUGCCGAGGAGGAAUUGAACGGACUGCUUGCUGAAGAGACACGGCGAAUGGUGCAUUCCGUCGUCCUGCCGUUUUUGCCCUUCCCUCUAGGUGGAUCGGGCGGAGGCGAAGACGAUGCAUCUGCAGAUUUAGAACGAGGUCAGCAACUGUCUUUGGAUACGGGUAUGGCAUUGCAGCAGAUGGAAGAGGGCAUUGCUGUCCAGAAAUCACCGGCAUCGCCCCGAUCUCAGAAGACGCCUGAGCGGGGCUCCUCCUCUGCAUCACUGACGAAGGCGCCCACGAAGCGAAUAUCGCCCAGGACCAAGGCCAGAACGAAGACAAUAGCGAUGGUCAAGGAUAGCAAUUCGAGCGUCACUUUAAAUCGAUCGACGUUCGUGAUCCACGAAGCACAGGGCCAACCCAAGAGCGGCCCUCGGAAGAAUGUCUUGGUUUUUGCGAAAAGGGGGGAUGUAAAAGCGCCGAUGACGAAGGUGUUGCCGUUUCAAAGCGAGCAAUUGUCGAUCAAGAAGGGCAAGCAAUCAUCACCACUGAUGCCCAUGCCCGCGGCAUUGACGAGCGAGCAGAUGGACUGGGUGGACGAGCGCCAGAGACGGCUCUUGAGACGGCAGGAACGGCUCCAGAAGGCGUGGCCGUGGUAUAACUAUAUGAUCCCAACUGGGGUUGAGCCUGUCGAUUUCUUUGCAUUGCCGGCGCAGCAAUCCCUAGAUCAUGUAGAGAGCACUGUUGGGGCAUCGGGUCUUCCUGCGCAGGCGCAUGUUCAAGAAGAGAAGGGAGUGGCGACCGACGCGGCAACAGCUACAGCAGCGACGGCGACGACGACAACAACAGUGAAAGCUGGUUCAAUACCAUCGUCCGAGGAAGAAGAGAUGAGGUGCAGGACAACGGUCAUGCUAAAUGGAUCACCUAUGAAGUUGGUGGUCAGUCCGUCGCGGUUCUGUUUGAUUGUGGGAUCGUUCAAUUUGAACUCGAUGAUCCAGGAGAUGUUGUGCGGGUUUAUGUGGGGGAUGAAUUAUCAUGUACGACCAGGUUGGGUGGUGGGUACGGGGAUGGCGCUGGGGUGUGUGGCGGCAAUAGUGCCGAGCGUAUUGAUCAUGCUACACGAGCAGGCGAUGGGUCGCAUACGGGUGGUUGCCACAGCAGAGGAGGCCAUCCAGGACGUUCUGGAUGAGAAGCGAGCUGUUUAA